GGGGGGGGGCUUUGGCCCCCCGGCCCACCGGCUUUACCAGCCCGGCUGCAAAUGAUAAAUGGCAUCGUUUGCCUUGGUACUUGCUAGGGGGGGGCUACCAUGCCUUGGUUCGGUUGAGUUCUACCAAGGGGGCUAAACCCCGGGCCGAAACCCGAGCUAAAAUUACCGCAGCGGGCCUACGGGGGGGGCUCCUCUGGAGCCCCGGGCCCCCCAAUAGUAAGCAAGUCUUAAGGUGGCAUAUGAGACUCAUGACCGAAUGGAGGGAGGGGCUUAAAGCCUUGGAUAGGGAUUGUCUUUUAGACAGAGCCUUAG